AUCAAGGAAACUGUUGUUUUAUUUCUUCCGUGUCAAACUGUGGCGACUUGAUGUGCUCCGCUAAAGAAGUUGCUUGGCUUGAGCCUGGCCUGUAAACAAACGUGUGGGCAGGAUAUGCCACAGGGGGUGUGCUCUUUGCAGCCAGGAAGGGGGAAGGAAGGAGAGGAUUCCAGUUGCAAUGACGGGUGAGGAGGGAGGAAGUGGGGGCUUGAUUAACUGAACAAACUUCAACAGACAGGCAACCUUUGCACAGUUGCACGCCAACUAGAGAACACUGCUGGGUGGUGACAAGCGUUUUUGGUGCCCAGGAGUCUCGCUCUUCUUUGCCUUCUGGAGAAAUGGGUAUCAACUGGAAUGGUUCCUUCAUCCCUGUAGCCCUUCUGGUUUUGGGCGUAGUCUCCCUCAUAGCCCUGAUUCUCAGCUUGGUGGGUAUACAUAAUGUCACCCCGUCCCCGCAAAAUAAGUAUGGACUGGUAUUUGAUGCAGGUUCAUCCCACACUGCUCUGUUUGUCUAUCAGUGGCCAGCAGAUAAAGAGAAUAACACCGGCAUGGUCAGCCAAACCUUCUCCUGUCAUGUUAACGCAUCUGGGAUCUCAAGUUUUGCCAAGGAUCCGCCUCAAGCUGGUGACUCCCUCAGGGAAUGCCUUGAUGAAGCUAUGAAAGUGAUUCCUGAAGAGAGAAAGCGGGAGGCACCCACUUAUUUGGGAGCCACGGCUGGUAUGAGACUAUUGAGACGAGAAAAUGAAUCUGCAGCAGAAAAGAUUCUGGCAGAAGUCAGCAAGACUAUCAAGGAAUAUCCCAUAAACUUCCAGGGGGCUAAAAUCCUUACUGGGAAGGAGGAGGGUGCUUAUGGAUGGAUCACCAUCAACUACCUGCUAGACUCCUUCACCAAGUAUUCUAUUGAACAUCGGGACUGGAUUCACCCUGCAUCAGCCCAUCCCUGCGGGGCACUGGAUCUUGGAGGGGCAUCGACCCAAAUAAGUUUUGUCCCAGCUGACCCAAUCACAGAGAGAGAUGAAGAGGCUCAGUUCCGACUCUAUGGGUUUGAUUACUCUAUCUAUACCCACAGCUAUCUGUGCUACGGGCAACACCAGGCACUCCUGCAUGCCCUCCGGGUUAUUGUUAACUCUACCUCAGUUCAGUUUGAGCACCCCUGCUAUCCUGAGGGUUACUCUGAGAACAUCACAAGGGCAUCCUUCUACAGCAGCCCAUGCGCAGAAGGGCAGGAACCUGUAGCCUCUGGGAAUGUGAUUCUAAGUGGCAUAGGAGAUGCCGGCAGAUGCCGGGAAACCUUCAAGGACAUCUUCAAUUUCUCAUGCGAUCACAACACAUCCUGUGGAUUCAAUGGGGUCUACCAGCCGAAAGUCCAUGGAAAGUUCCUGGCUUUCUCAGCAUAUUACUACACCUUCAACUUUCUGAACUUGACCGAGGGACAGCCGCUGGAUGUUGUAGAAGCUGCCAUUCGGGAAUUCUGUGCCAGAAGUUGGACUGAGUUAAAGUCAAAUUACCCCGAGGAGAGGGAGUCUCGUCUGAAGAGCUACUGUGCCAAUGCCAAUUACAUCCUCACCCUCCUCGUGGACGGUUAUGGCUUCAAAAGUGACAUCUGGCGGAGUAUUACCUUCCAGAUGAAGGCUGCCAAUUCAGACAUCGGCUGGACCCUAGGAUAUAUGCUAAACCUUACCAACAUGAUCCCCACUGAAUCCCCCCAAUCACUGAGAGGACACGAAGAGGGCGUUUGGAUAGCAAGCAUUUUCUUCAUUGUUCUGAUGCUAGCGCUGUGCCUCGUUUUUCUGCUCAUCUAUUUUCUAAAGUGACAGAAACAGCCCUCUUCAGACAAACUGCACCCAGCACUUCAGGAUUUGGAGGGGUCAGUCGGGGGAGGCACCUAACUUGACCCGGAUACACAGCCAGAGGAGCAGAGAUGUUCUCUUUUGAGGGAAGCGUUGACUUGGCAAAGGUUAGGCCUACCACCCCAUCUAGCCUCCCAAGGAACACUCCGGCCUAACAGAGCAGAUGCCAGCUGGUUGUUCGAACCACUUACUUUUUGUAUGUGCAGGAACUGUUGAGGUCAAAUUAUUUCCUACUUUUCCUGAGCUAUCAUGGACAUGAAACAGGCAUUCCCCACUUCAAAUCUUGCCUCCCCCACAGACUGACUAGGUAACCUAAGGCAAGCUACACACUCUCAACCCCUGUCUAUCCUUUCCAUGUGUAAUGUGGGAAAUCAUGAUAUUGGACUACAUUAAAAGGGCUGUUUUUGACAAUUUUGAGACAAUAUAUGGGAACAGCUUUGAACACGAAGACCAUGCGUAUGGUUGCUCAUAAUACCACCAUGCUGUUAAGAUAAGAGUGCUGCUCUAGUGUUUACAAAGACGUGGUUGCAAAUACUGCGUUUCAGUGUCUUCCCAUCCCAACAGAUACUACCUGCACAAGCACUUGUGAAGCCAUGAUAACAGAAAUAAAAAGUCUGGUAAUUAAAAAGU